AUGACACUGGACGCCGCAACCAGAAUGCCGCAUCGCCUCUCCCCAUGCACGCUGACAUGUUCACUGAUCGACUUUCCUCACGAUAGUGACAAGCAGACGAAACUAGCCAGCCUGGACCCAAGCAAGCCGUCCGCCGACCGAUUCGGUCGCCUGCUACGGUCCGCAAAGGCGCGAUUCCGUUCACACCUGCGACCCAAGAAGAACGACAAGACAACAGCCGCCCCACAAAAGAAGGAAUUUGUCAAUUUCUCGAGACCGAAUGCAAUGGCGUCCCGUCCACCAACGUCACCCGUCGUCGGUCCCGGCUCCCACAAGCUGAACCACACCUCUUCGGCCGCUAGCAUCAGUCGAUUUGUUGAAGGAUCAAUGAACGACCGCACUUCUGCUGCCCCGCCGCCAUCAUACCUGGAGGAUAUGGACGUGGAGGAAUACGAGCGACAGUUUGUUGGCACGCCGGUCACCGAGCACCAUCCAACCAUGGAGCGACACCCCACCCGUCAGACUACUUAUACUGCCUAUGAGCCUUCUGCGCCUCCACCAGAAGACGAGCAGCAAGAACAACAGCCGCCGGUGCAGCAACCGAUGGGUCACAGUCGCAGCAAGAGCAAGUUUCUCCUCACGCCGCUCUGGGAUGGCGUCCGCGAAAGGUUCAGCCUAAGUCGUAGCAAGUCUUGGGGAGCCAUGGUGAGCGGCAAAGACGCGAUGGGACGGCCCUCUCUCAACACUCAAGCAGACAGCCGAUCGUCGAUACACCGUGGCCGAGGCUCAACCAUGACGGCGCCUUGCACCCCAGCUGUCGAGACGCCACCCCCCGUACCGCCUGUGCCUGUCUUUAGAGGAGCAGCCGCAGCGCUGGCGACGCGCGAUCAAGAGGCGGCGAAGGAAGCAGCCAAAAAGUUCUCGGCCGCCGAUUACCCCACUAAGGAAGAGGUGAUGGAGAGUUACAAGAACUUGGUGGCAUCGGGAUUCUUUGAGCAGCACGCUAUUCACGGCACCAGGCAUCCCCUUCGAGCCGCCCAGAGCGCGGGCACCGUAUUGAGUGGCAGUCCGAACCGACAGGAUAGUGUUAAUGGUAGAGCUCGUGCCGCCACGACUGCUUUCCCAUCCAGUUCCGGCCGUCCCUCGCCAGUACCCAGCCGGCCAGAGUCUCCUGAAAACCUGAAGCCCUUUGCCGAGCACCUGGCCCAGAAACAGAACAACGAUGAAAAGAAGUUGCAUGCUAUUUUCACCGGCUUCCACCGCAAGACAGCGUCAGUACCCGUUAACAACUCGAUGGCCCCACCUCCUCUUCCCUCGCCUUAUAGGGAAGAGCCAACAUGUACAAUUGGUUCUGCCUUUGUAAACGACUAUUUUCCUCCACAAACUGAUCCGGUGACUGCCCCAGACUCGCCUUCCCGCGGAACGAAGCGCGGUACUGAUCCCAAUGGUAAUAACAUUGAGACCAACGUCGACUACGGCUCGGUCCGCAAGCUUGCCAAGAAAUUGAGGAAAUCACAGUCGAAGAUCGAGUUUAAUGAGCGACCUUCCUCGCCGACCAAGCCGCGUACGUCCAUGUCAAGCUUUCGAUCCGCCGCCGCGUCCGUUAUGUCGGCUCCAGUCGCCAUGAAGAGCAAAUCGUUCAUGUUUGGCUCCAAGGACAAGGGGAAGACCAGGGAGAGCAUGGAGAGCAGGCCAACCACAAGCGCUGGGUCGAAGGGUAACUUUUUGUCAGAAGAAGGCACUGCCUCUUUUUUCUCUCCUCCGCGCCAGGCCAAUAGGUUAGACGAGGCGAUGUCCGUUGCCACUCCAGUCCGUUCUGGUCAGGCGAGGGUAACCAAGGUACCCAAAUGCCCGGCUUCCACAUCGUCGGGAAAGGGAUUCCUCGGGUUUGUCCGCAGCAGGCGUAGCAGUGUCAGCCACAAGGCCCAACCGGGGCAGUCGACAGGGAGUCAUCGCCCCAGCGCGAGUGAAGCAAUGCCAAUGACGACAAACACCUACGUACAUGUCAAUGGCGUUCAAAGAGAGGAGGACAGCAUGGAUCUUACAAGGGAUGGGGACGGGGAUGAUGCUAUGAUCAUCGACUCUCCUGAGCCUGAGUACCAACUGGCACCAACAUCGGACCGACCAGAGACUCCCCAACGGCCAUCAACCGGGAACUCGACAACAACACCUGUCAGCAUACCUAGGUUCCACUACCCGAAGCCGACACAGCAGACUCAGGGCACAUCACCACUAAAAACCAGGCCACAGCCUAACCGUGCGCCACCGCCAGUACCUGGGUAUGGCCUUGGUGACGAACUGGUCGCCAAGAAGGAGAGAAACUCGAGCGACACGAACGGAAGUGUAAGUGGGAUUGUCAGCCACCGCGAUUCGGGCCUGGGCGAAGCAGGAGAGGAUGUUGAGAAUAUUCACAGGGUAUGGUGA